UUCAACCACUAGCUUUAAUGUCCCUGUGUGUUUACUACAGUACUUCGUAUAAGGAGACAUUCGCCUUUUACAUGCAGUGAACUCUUUGCAACAAAGCAGUGCUUUUUAGUAUUAUUUUAAAGAAAACCCUUCAGGAAUCCACAAUGCCCAAGAGAAAGGGAGCCAAUGGAGAGGCAAAGGAAGAGCCUCAGAGGAGAUCUGCAAGAUUAUCCGCGAAGCCCGCACCUCCCAAACCUGAGCCUAAGCCCAAAAAGACAGCCAAGAAGGACAAGGCAGUGAACGACAAGAAGGAAGACAAAAAGACCAAGGCGAAAGCCAAGGAGAGCACAGAGCCAGAGGCAAACGAGGAGAACCACGCAGAAAACAACGGAGAAGCCAAGACCGACGAGGUCGAGGCAGCCCCUGAAGAAACCAAGGAGGAAGCCAAGUCUGAGUAGCAGCACUGCCACCUCUCUCUGUUCCCUCCCUCUCUAUUUCUCCUCUGCUCCCCCUUCUUCUUCUUCUACUCUUCCACUUCCUGCCCUCCUUGCCGUCUUUUUUCCUGCCCAUGCUCAGUCCCAGGAAAAGCCCGAGCCUCUCUUGUGUGGUAGCCCCGACUCUCUAAGGCGUAUUGAUUACAGAGGAAUAUUUUUAUCGAUGAUUUUAUAAGUAUCAGUACAGAUUUUUAGCACAAACAAAAGAGAAAAAAAGCUAAACGUCGGCGCACACACAGCCCGACUUUGCCGCUAUCAUAUCAAGAGUCUGCGAGCAAGAUAAAAACACAACACACAAACACACAGAAAAAAAUCCUUUUCUGUUAUUUUUUCCUUCUUUUUUAAAAAACAGCAUUCAUGAUUGUUGAUAGCUUGUCUGGUCUAGAAAGAGUGUAGCUGCGUGUAAAGAAGAAUAGUGUGUGAUGUCCUCUCUUAAGUUUGCAAGCCGUCUCCCUUGCUGUAACCCCAUAACAGUUUUAACAUGAGUGAUAUAUCUCUUUUUUAAUGACUUUUCAUCUGUGCAGUGGGUUUUUCUGGCUUUUUCGUCUCUUGUCCAGAUUGGGGUUCAUUUUUGUUUCAUUUCAGUGUAUUUGUCCAUAAAGAAAGAGGAAUAGAACAUCUGACAACAUUCCAAGCAGUGUAAUAUGGAACAUUGAGUUCAUGUAACUCUGGAAAAAAAAAAAAAAAAAAAAAAUCCCUGCUGAAACAAAAAAAUAUUUUGUUAAAACAAACAAAACAAUUCAAAGAACCAAUACCAGCUUGUUCGAGGUCUCGCUGAUCAAAAUGAUUUUCUAAACAGUAAUUUUUUUUAAGGAUUUGAAUUACAUGCAGGUGACCGUAAACCACUGAUGUUCUGGAUGUCUCUUAAUAAAAGAAAACCUUGGAAUUUUCCUCA